AUGUUCUGCGCACGAUCUCUGCUAGGUGCGUUCUGUAGCACCACGCGCCUUUUCACCAUUAGCGAUGAGUACAUUCCCCGCGCCUUCCCGGUGAAGUCGACGACCGGCCUCGCCGGUGUGGCUGUGGAGCCUCUGUGGAAGCCGAAACUGCUGGCCGCCGCCUCGGAGCUGCAGGCGUUCCUCCACACAUCCGACAUUCCGCCAGAGUCGACCUAUUACAACGUAACCAUGACCUUAGUAAAGCGCAUCAACUACGGCAUCAAGGAGUGCCAGGAUGACUGGUGCACGUUAGAGAAGAAGUUCUUCUGGGGCUGGCCAGUGGAGUAUAUCCUGCAAGUGACCUGGCGCGAGCUUGAGACGGCGCAGAAGUGGAAUGAGUGGCGCUUUUGGGAGCUGGACCCGGAGCAGGUGAAGCGCGUAGCCCGCGAGGAUCAGGCCAUAGGGAAGGAGGGCUUAGGCUACAACACUCCUUGGGAGCAAGUUGUGCGCGAGGACUUCGACAAGCGCAAGAAGGCCCUCACACAGGAGGAGAUGGCGGAGCUCAAGCGCAUGGACACGGAGCGGAUGGCGCGCGAGACGGCGGCGUACAAGGAGCGCAAGGAACGCAUCCGUGACGACUUAGAGAAGGCGCGUGGCGAGAUGCUCAAAAAGUUCCUGAACAAGCGGUACGCCGUAGACAAGGAUCUGAUGCGGAUGCAGCCGGGUAAGAGCUACUCUGGCAAGAGCGCCGAAGACCUUAUUCACGAACUGCGCGCCUCCGUGAAGCAGACUCCUCCCCCUACCAACAAGUAA